GAAAUCAGAUGUCUGACAAUCUUAGCGCAUGGUCGCUCAAAAAGCUUUGAGGACCCAGCAGACGUGGCCUUUCCAUUGUUCGUUGCAGGGUAUUAAGUGGUUUAUAAGUUUGUGGUGUCUGUGUAGUUUGAGCUUGAGCUGUGGCAUCUGAAGGCACCUGGUAAGCGGAGCACGGUGCGCUGCCGGGUUUGAAAGCAGCAUGGCACAACAAAGUGUGAAGCGAGAUGGCAGCCAUUCUCUCAACAAGGUGCUGCCUGAAGGCGCUGGAACCAGGAUUAAGCAGGAGGCGCAUGGUGCCUCUGGCACCUUCCCUUCGAUGGCUGUCCAAUCCAGCCGCUUGGAGGGGCAGCUGACAGGGGACGGGGCAAAUCCAAGGAGUGGGAAGGCUGGAUUUUCAGUCGAAGAAGGGAAUGCGGGGAAAAGAGUGCAUUGCCAAGCGUGGCUGCCUGAAGAGACGCACCCUGCGCCACCCCGGCUGGAUGGGGGUGCCGCUUCGCCGCCUCCUGCUAGCCUGGACGAGGCCUUGCGGCCCCUCUUGCCAGAGUCUGCAAACCAGGUGCUUACAGGUUUUACAAAGGCGAAUGCUUUGCUAAACAGUCAGCUUAGUCUGCUUUCAAACACAGCCAAGGAAGUGCGGGCGCAGUACGAUAGAGUGCGGUGGCAGGAGGUGCAGCAGGUAGACGCACAGGGGCUGGCCCGCCGCCUGUUCAACAGGCAGGCCAGGGAGGUGGUGCGCCUGGGGGAGCGCUGGAAACAUGUGGACCUGUCUGGUACACAUGAGCUGACCAGAAAGACUCGCCUGGACACAAGUCUCAGUGGAACGCCGCUCCGAGUGGAGCAGCUGAGCCUGAAGCUGCUGCACAACGGCACCAGUGGGAGCGCCACUACACGGCGGCAGCUAGCCGUCACUGGGGCCACAGACCUGAGGAGUCGCAGUAGACUGGCACUGGAAGGAACUGUCAGCAAUGCAUCGGACACCCACUCCUGCUCUACCAUUUUGGCAUCCGACAAUCUGUCGUACUUAUCCUGGGGAAUUGCAAGUCAGCACCGGUUAAGCAAGAAGCUGACGCUGUUUGCCAGAGCCAGUGCGGACGACUUCCAAGGGAAAAAGCUCAUACUGCAGACUGUACAUACUGUGAAUCUGCGCGACUCGAUCUCCCCUGUCGUCGCCAUAGCACUGGGUCGUGCUGCCCAGGCGGGUAUCGGCUGGACCCGCCAACUCAGCCAUGACCCGAGCAAGCUAGACAAUAAGAUUACCCUCAAAGUACUGGCUUCCGGAAAAGGGGCUUAUGCAGUCAAUUUCGCAUAUAAGGGAACCGAGGGCUGACACUUUGACUACAACGCUGUGGCAGAGAUUAAGCAAACGACCGACUUUCGUGUCCCGGACUCCGGACUGGAGAAUGAGCAAACAACUCGACAAUUCGAGACUGAGGCUACACAUCGUUGGGCAUAAGUAUAUGCAACGGCCCUCGCGGUUCAGAAUCUUCGAUUCG